CUCUUCUACGUAUAAGAAGCGUGUUGCCCCAACGAGAACGAAGAAGAGGAGGAGGUAGUUGGGAUUGCAAUCUCUGCGACGUUGGUUUUUCUGUUUUCCGGUCAUCGGAUAUGGAUUCCCGGUCUCGCGUCGUGGUCGGGCUUCUCGUUCUCGCAUUCCUUUUCACGGUUGGGUCGGCGCAUUCCUUCUCUCCGUUCGAUGGGAUUCAGCGUUCUGCGUUCCAACUUGUCUCGGAUCUGAAGGAACCGUUAGCGAAAAAAUUGGGGUUGAAAACGGAGGAAUUGACGAUUGUUGACUAUGAUUUUUGGGACGCCGUUGUUGGACGAUCGGUGGCGCAUGAGUUCGAUUUGGAGAUCGGUACGAAGGUCUUGCCCUUCAAGGUCAUGGAGGACGUGAAGGAGUGGAUGUCCGUAGACCCGUCCCUCUUUUCUUCCAGCUCAGGAUUCAUGGACACCGUCUUGACUCCCUUUGAUCUGUCGGGUCCGAUGGAGCUCUGGAUUCAGGACGGCCAGAACAUGCGGCUGUCCCUUCCUCACGACGUGGAUGCCGGACUGGUGAAGAAGGUCAUCUUGUCGGAUGGAGCGACGGUGACCGUCCAGGGUGCGAAGGCGGUGGUUCUAAGGCAGCCGAUCGAUCUCCCUUUAUCCAAUGUCAGCAUCUCUUCCUUUGCCCACCAUCUCCGCCUCGCAUCUCUCUCUCAACAGCAGCAUCUCGUCUCCCUCCGGAUAGUCGGCCCUUCGUCCCUCACCGCUUCCACCAUCGCCCCAUCAGACGCCGACGCCGCUCACGUUUCUUCUGCGGCGGUCAACCGCCUGAAGGUCAAACGCCUAGCCCCCGGCCUUCUUCAGCUCUCCUCUUCGCAGCCAGACCGUUCGCCUGCCACCGCCAUGGAGACAGAGUCUCCCGAAAGUACGGCCAUGGUCCCGGUCGAAAUGUGGCCGCUCUCCUCCCUCAAUGCCUCCAACCGAAAACUGGCGGCGAUCGAGGAGAUCCUGAAGAGCGCUGUGCUUGCUGGAAAAGCUUCGGGCUCGCCGGCGUCGUCCGUGAGACUGACUCAUGCUGAAACUUCGGUCCAGACGUUCAUGAAGAUUGAAUUUGGUCUCGAGAGGAAACUGAACCAGACAGACGAGGCUCUGUGGGAAGGGUUCCCGGAGUGGCGGACGAAGCCGUCGGUGGUGAGGCUCUACUUCGAGGUGAUGGCGAGGUUGGAGGGCGAGAAGCUAACGCCGGAGAUGGUUAAGCGGGUGCAGCCCUUCGUAAUAGCGGAUUCCGCCUCCCACUCUGCGCUGUUCGGCAACUUCACGACGACUUCGGCGCCCCUGGUCAUGUUCCCACCUUCAGUUUUCACUCUUUAAGGAGUCUCUAUCUCUAUGGCCUCCAUUUUUCCCUCCUAAUUGUACAGCGAGUCGAGUUACAGGAAGCUCUAUGUAUACAAUUUUUUCUUUUUCCUUUUUCCUCUUCUAAACCAGGCUUCAAUUGGUGAUUACUCCAUCGAGGCUGUCUUGAGUAGGGUGAAACUAAAAUGGGGACACCGUAAGAAGGUCCCUCCAUUGAUCCUAUAUACACACAGAAAAAUUAUGUAAUCCUCUUGUAAACAGAGUUUCUUUUUCAGCGUUUGCUUGCUAAAGAUCUUAUUGAA